UCUAAGCGGUAAGCAGUGAUUGUUAAAGCCGAGCGAAUAGUCGCUUAUCCGCUCUCCAUGUGCGCCCACCUCAGAUCCGAUGCGGCCUCUGGACGUCCCGACGCCCGUCUGGUGCUCUCGCAGUGACUCGUGCGCUCGAGCUUUCGUGGCUAAUCCUGGACUAGUGCAGUGCGGCGACCAAGUUGCCGAAGUUCAGGACUUAAAGUGAUUUUAGGAUGUGCUUGGGUGAUGCUCAACGCGGCACCACUCGCCUCUGACCUACUGGAUGCACCCUAAUGUGUAUAAGAAACAUCAUAAACCGCACUAUUUGAUAUUGGUACUUCUUUGCGUUAUGAUUUUAUGUCAGCCAGUCACCUCCGAACCGAACCCAUGUAACGUCGGUGUGAGAAAAACAAAGAUUUUUUCACCAUUCACCAAGGGGUAUCUUCGGAUAGAGGCCAACAAGGUGGUGGCGAAAGAAAAAGAGGAUUUUCCGGGUGAUCGUGAAUAUUUGUACAAAGUGACAGUCGAGCAUUCCAUAUUGUUGUAUCACAUAAAGAGCGGGAAAUUUAUUUGUUGGAACCGCAACUAUAACCGACUUAUUGCGAAGAGGAAUCCGCCAACGUUAGAUUCCUGCAAGUUUCAGGAGCUGGUUUCGCACUUGGACCCCAAUGUCUACGUCCGCUACUCCACAAUCCACAAGAAUAAGGAGAAGGAGAUUCAGUUUAACCGGCGCGGUGAUUUUCUAAACAGGUGUCGUUUAAAAAAGUACUGUCAGGGGUUGAAAAGGGACAGACAUAUUUGCCAGAUGACUUGCAAUAAUAAAAUGUCAACCGACUUUCUGCCGGACGAUGACUGUGAUAGUUCUUUCUUGUCGGACUUUUGCGGGAAAAUGAAACUCGUGAAACUCCGAGGCCACAGUAUAACUUCGGAAAUAGUGGACGUGUGUAAGCAUGAAUGGAACAAGAGCCAUUGACUGCGUCGAUAAUCCAGUAAAGUGUCAGUAUUUUAUAGUAUCUAUGAAGUAUGUGAAACUGUACAAGGCUUCCGUCUAAUUUGCCAACGGACGCUCGCUUUGUACAAGUGUGUUGUAUGCUUGUGCAUUGUACACCCAUGUUCAUAAAUACUAUAUGAAACCCGGUUUUAGCCGUAAGUUGUAUAUUGUAAUUUAUUUUUUAUUUUGCUUUGUGUAUUAAUUUGAACGUGUCUUGUAAAGUUUGUAUGUAAAUUAUUAAUCGAGUCUUUGACUAUGAAUGUGAGUGUACAGUCUUAUUUUAACCCCUAUGGGGUCUUAUUUAACUCAGACUUAUAUAACUUUUGUACAUUAUUAUUUAUUUUUUUGAAUAAGUGUCGCGGCACCCACAUUUCACUCAAGGUUUUAUCUCAUUUACCCGGUGCCUGAAUUACGCUAUCCCAUGUUUUAAUGGACCGUUGGGCAAUCUAAUCGCGAAAAUACCAAAUAAUGAACGAGGCUUCGAUAAAAUGAUAUGUAACAUAGAAUUUUUUAUAUAUUAUGUGUUAUCCGUUGUUAUUUGCUAUUACAGCCUCAUAUUGUUAUAAGAUCUGUGCCAUGUAGAGGCAGUGUCCUUAAUAUUACAUUCCAAAUCAUUAUACAUAAUUAUUACGCAUUUACAACAAAUACAUAAUUUAAAA